UUAGUGGACAUAUAGAGCAGCUUGGCAGCUCUUUUGUCUCUCUUCUUCUCUCAUGUGUGUGUGAGAGAGUUUCACUCUAUAUUUGUUAUACCCCACUACCCCUUUUCUUCUCUCAGUCUCUAUCCCUACAAGGCAUGCUCUUUUUUUUUUGGUCAUUAACUCAUUAUAUGGUGUAACUUUUUGUGGGUUGGUGCUAAUUGUUGUUAUUAUUUUACCCAUGUGUUUUUCUUGAUUCUUGGAGAAAGUUUUGAGUACCAAUUUUAAGUCAGAAACUGAAUGCUCUUUAAGCAAUGUGAGGUUGCAGAUCAAUUGAUAUGACUAGUUAUGGAGUUGGAUUUCGACAAGUAUUGUGUAGUAGAUGGAAGUCCUACAACUGUUCUUCCAUCUCCGCGGCACCGUCUAAAAGGUGAAAGGAGAAAAAGCAAAGGAAAUUCCAAAUGCAGCAAAGAAGUAUUGUCUGUAGAUGGGGACUUCACUGAGAUAAGCUUUCAUCGGUAUCGUAGCGUGUCGUGUAAAGAUGCUCCAUCAAGGAAAUCACAUUUGGGAGGAAAUGAUAUCCUAAAGAGGGGCUCUGUCUAUCAAAGUUCUAGAGAUGUUAGAGGCAUCAAGAAAACUGAUGCUGUUGAGGAAAGAAGAAAAAUCGAGUUCUCUAGGGGCAAUACUAAUGCAUUCUCAUUUGGUAUUGUUGAUGUUUUAUGUGGUUCAGAUGAGGAUAAUUCACUCAUAGAUAAACAUAGAUCCUCGUUCAAACUUACACCUGAGAGCGAUGUACCAUCAGAUAGCUCUCUAGGAAGUUCUUUAAAUUCUGAUCAUAGAGAAAAUAGAAGGACUCAAAUUCCACCAAGACAGUCAGCUCAAGAUUCAAAAAUCAUGUCUCAAUCCGUUGCUGACCGUCUAUGUGAAGUUAACAGACUAACGGAUAGGGAUCCAUCUGUGUCUUUAUCCAAAUCACUGUCUGCAAAGUUAGCAUUACCACAUUCGCCUGCUUGGUCAGAAAGUGAUAGCUCCAGGACUAGCAGCCAAAAAUCCCGUUUCAGCCCUAUAAGAAAGAUGUUUGAUCCAUUUGGUAAAUCAAAGUCUCUGAAAAGUCCAUUGAGUUAUACUUUCGAAACUGGCACAAAUAUUAAGAAUAAUCCUGUUAAUGCCAGUAGAGGCAGAACAGUUCAUAAAUCUCUAUUGCAUGAUUUCUCAAGCAUACCUGAGCCAGUGGAAUGUAAUUCAAAUGUGCAAAGUUUACCAGCUCACUUACACGGCAUGCUCAGGUCGGAUAAGAAAAGUGGAUUGCCCUUCUUUGAGUUUUCAGUAAAGUCACCUGAAGAUAGUUUUGUUGCGAAGUCAUGGAAAGUUGAGGAUACCUUAAAUUGGGUGUACACAUUUCAUUCUAUUCACCACAAAAGGAAGAGCAAUGCUAGUGGUGGAUGGGGAUCAAAAGAUAGCGUUAGAGAACCGUUGUUGGUUGGGCGGAUGCAAGUUUCCUGUUAUUUAUGUACAGAUAUUAAAAACGCUGGAGAUUGCGACAACUCAAUGGUGACAGAGUUUGUCUUGUAUGAGACUCCCCAUUCAAGAAAAAGAGUUUCUUUUCAACAAAGUUGUUGUUCUUCCCCUGAUGUCACUAUUGCACCUAAGGCCUCAGAUGAGAAGUCGUCUGGAGCUAAUUGUGAAACCGUAGAGGUUGAAAUUGCAGCGAUUGCUAUAGAGGUACCAUUUGAAAAGAGAGAGAGUUUAAAAUUCAGAAGUGGGGAUGCAAAGGCUGAUCAGCCACUUCCAAACUUACUGGAUCUCUCUGUGGUUGAACAAAGAAUUGGACAUUCUGAUAGUGUAAGCCCCGCCAAGGUGAACGUUGUGAUCCCUUCCGGACACCAUGGUCGUCCAACAACUGAAAGUCCUGGUCCUUCCCCCUUGUUGGAUAGAUGGAGGAUGGGCGGAGGUUGUGACUGUGGCGGCUGGGACAUGGCAUGCCCUCUUCACAUAUUUGGCAAUCCAAAUAUUCGUAUUGAUGACAACCGUCCUCUGGUCGAGAGGCAGCAGCCAUUGGAACUCUUCAUUCAGGGAAGAAAAGAUAAAGCUCCAGCGUUGACCAUGACGCUUAAGGAGGAUGGACAAUAUUCAGUUGAUUUCCAUGCUCAGUUGUCUGCAUUACAAGCAUUCUCUAUUUGUGUCUCAAUUUUGCACUCCAUGGAAACCUCGAUUGCUGAGGGAAAAGAGAACAAUGUAGAAUCUUUGCAAUCCAACUCGUUGAAGGUGUUUGUUCAGGAUGAUGACAUUAAAGGCUUGAUCAAUGCAGCUAGAGAGGAAAAGAAACAGAAAGUACACAAGAAAGUGGAACAAGUAUUCCCAUCUUUCGUGCUCAAUCCACCAUUCUCUCCAAUUGGUCGAGUAUAGUCUUGAACGACUCAGUCAGCUAGGCAUAUAUCGAGUUCCAUACAAACACUGGUUACUUUGUGAACUCGAGAUCAUCUGGAUGCAACUUUUUUGUGCAUGAAAGGACCAAGAUGAUGAAUGGUGCACACGAGGCAGUAUCCACGAGCUUGUGAAAAUCUGAUUUUCAGCUUGAUGAUCAUGCUUUGUUAUUUUUCUUCUGGAAUAGGGUCAAAAUCUCACAACACCAUACUGUUUAUAUUGUUAGUUGAUAGGGGAGGGCAUAGGAAUCUCAAUUCAAUUUUUUCAACUAUAGAAAAUUUCAAAUAUAAGCAUUAGUCUACUUGUAAUUUAUUUAUGAUGGCCACAAGGUGCUCAAGGAAAGCAAGUCAUAAGGGAGAAUUUUGAACACUCUUUGUAGUAUGAGUUAGUAGAUUUGUAUUAUUUUAAUGUAAGUAUACUAUUGUGGGAAAUAAAUAGCUCUUGAGCCAUUUAAAUGCAA